CAAACUUACAAGUUGAACAAUCACAAUCACGACCGUGGAAUUCACGGUCAUCAGGCAGUUCGAAAACGGCAGCUUCGCCUACUAAUUAUACAUCAAGAGGAAUAAAUAACAACAGUGAAAGUAGUACUACCACUAGCAGAGUAACCAGUCUUCAUACCAAUUUUAACAAUAAUGAUAACAACAAUGCAGAGUCAGCGUCCGCCGCAACCAUCAAGCCCAAAAAACUAUCGCCGCACGUUCCCCUUCCACCAAACCAGCCAUCAAAUACGUGA